GCUGGCGCCACUAGUCUGUUUGUCUCGCGCAGUCCAGACCCAGGUCCAGGCCCAGUCAAGACAGAGGCAUUUCCGUAAAUAAAGCAAACUUCUAGGCUGGUCUCGUUUCCCACACCCAUAUAAACCCCAAAACAACACGUUCCAGCCCAAGGAAAAAAAACAUGGAAGAGGCGAAGAGAGAAGAGGUGCAGAGAGUAACCGUAGAAUUGAAGCACGGAGACGAUCGGACACACACGGUGUUGUUCGCAGCGGGAACGGCUCUUCUGAUAGCGUGGCUGAAACGCGCCGUCAUGGUGUGCCUAGUGGAGCAGUGGCGCGCGUGGGUGUUCCUCGCCCUCAACCUCGUGCUCUUGGCUAUCGUCUUCACAUCUGCACGCUCCUCCACCACCACAAGCGAAGAUGAAGAAACCAAUGAAAGUAGUGAUAAUAGUAGUAGUAGUAAUAAUAAUAACAGCAAUGCAGAAGUAGUGGAAGCGGAGAGGAAGAAGAGAAGGAGACAAUGUAGACGGUCUGGAGCAGCAGAAGUGGGAAACAAGCACGGUGAUUGUGGCCACAAAACGUAUAGGAGAAGAAGCAGUAGGGUCGAGGCAGAGCGAAUAGAUGAAGGAGUGGAUGCAGAGAAUCGAGGGUUGUCAAAAGAGGAGCUGAAUGAGAGAGUGGAAGCUUUCAUUACAAUGUUUAGGCAGCAUUUAGUUUUGGACGCGAGAAGAGGUCGAAGCUAGCAGCUUCUUAUUAGGGUUUUUUAUUCACAUAUAUGGAUUCAUUCACAUUUUCCUCUAUUACUGAUCUUGGGACCUUUGUUGAUUUAUGUCUCCUCCUCAGUCGCCGCUCUGCAGCCAGUCCACAGGAGGUUUCCAAGUUUCAAAAUCCGGGACUUUGGCAUGUGGCAAAGGUUUACUUUACAUUUUGAAAAUUUGAACCUUUUUGACACUUUAUUUUUGGACCUUUAGUGCACCAUGGGAGGUUGGCACGUGGCGCUGGUGUAGUGGCAUAUUUCUUCCUUUCUUUCUUAGAAUGGUAUUAUUUAUUGAGGUAAACUUCACUCAUUUUGGAUUUAAAUACACUAAGGUGAUGAUUGUUUUUUAUUUACUUAA